CUAUUGUUUAAGCAGCAGUUUUCAACCAUAGGAAUAUGAUAAUUAUGAUUGAAAAAAGAUUCGCCUCCAUUAAAGAGACACGUACUGAUCCAGAACAUGUUAUGAAACGUAUGAAUUACCAAAUAAAAUUAUCAAUAUAAUGCAGUGUAUCGAUCUACUGGUCAUCAUGUUGUCAAUGGUACAACUUGGCUUGUCGAAGAGCCAUGUUCAUCAGGCGACCAUCAGGAACAGGACACGCGAUUUAUGUUGGUUUCCAUCCUCAAGUCGACAAAAUGAUCCAGUUGAAGUGUGGAAGAUAUGUUGCGAAGUCCUGGAGGGCACAUGUCAAAACAGUUGUUGUCCACUGAAUGACUACCUAUGUGAGUGCUGCGCUAAAACUGAAGUUAUGUUUGAUCAGGUACAUCCUGCAGAGUUUGAAGAUAUACAACAAAGGUGUUCAAGAUAUGGAAAUGAAUCUCCUGAAGCAAGUGAAUACGAGGAGCGUACUUGUGUUAUUGAUCCAGUUCUAGAAAAUCGGACCUCCCCGUAUCCCUUAGGAUUACAACCGUUUGUACAUCACGAUAAAGUCACUGGUGAAAUGAUGAUAGAUCUACCUCAAUUUUGUUGUUUUAAUUUGGCCCAGAGUGGGAUGUGUCCGAGACCUUUUGUAAACUGCUUUAUAGAGACAGAGUCGAUCUGUACAUGCGGUAGGCAAACCGACGAAGUUGCUUCAAUGUUUAAAUAUAUUCCCAUCAAUAGUAAGACAAGAACAGAUGCCGUCACUGUAAGCCCUGAAAGAAUUGAAGCUGUUGAUUCAAGACUUAAAAAUGACAGUACAGACGUAUGUUACAGUAAGCCGAGUAUUGGUAAAAGGGAUGAAUGGGAAUGGGUAGACAUGAGUGCAUUGUGUUGUAAAAUCCGAGGAGUCAAAUUUAAGAAAGGAUGUUGCUACAAACAGCAGUUUGACUAUUGUUACGAGUGUGAAUCCGAAGAGAAUAUUGGUCGUGGAGAAGGAUGUUUGGUCCAAAUAUCAACGGAGAUGAAUUUCAUUAACAACAAGUUGAAAUCAAAGAUACAAGUAUAUUCAUUUGCUGCUUUUUGCUGUCAUAUAAUGCAAUGCAAUACCUGCAUAUCUCAUGACAAAUGGCCGUUUUGUCAAUGUGUUCCAAAACGCCCUCAACAAGAUGCUAGUCUUACCAGUUUGAAAAAAUUUAGACAGUACAACGAUUCAAGAUAUGUUGCAUGCUGCGCUUCUAAGAGCUGCAAAGACGAGUGUUGCUUCACCGAAGGUCAUCCUCACUGUCAAUGUUGUCCCAGUAUUUCCAGGCAUAUUAAUAAGGGCAUGUCCAACAAAAUAGGAAAACUUGUUUUAAACCAGCAUUGCAGUCAGGAACGACCAGAUUGGGUAGAAACAGACACUAGCAUCAGAUUGCCCAAUUAUGUAGACUUGGAACUGACAUGUUGUAAAAUAAGCAACUGUAAAGACAAAUGUUGCCGCACAAAACAAGGUCCUUUUUGCGAAUGCUGCUCAUCAGCCAAUGAAACUACAAGUACAAUUCAGUUCGGCACAAUUGCCAAUGAACCCACCAAAUGCGUCGCUGGAAUAUCAGAUGAAGAGGGAUGCUAUGUGGAGGUGGCUCCCCCUAUGAUGAUACUAGGAAAAAGAUCACACAAAGAAAUAUUUUACCAGACCCCUUUAUAUUUAUAUGAAGUAUGCUGUGCCAUCAAAGAAUGUGGGAGAGCUAAUUGCUGCGUUAGUGGAGUGAUUUCUCCAGCGUCAGAGUCAUGCCACUGUUGUAUACAGAGCUGAAUUUAGAAGUUAUUCAUUUCCUCCUCACGUAGUUUUCUGUGAAAUAACCCAUUAGCAAAUAAUAAGAAAACAAUGACGUCAUUUUAUAUUUAAAUAUUGUCUUCAAGUAAAGUAAAUCACGUGCACGUGAGAGACUUACGCCUGGGUACGAAUUAGUGUAACUCCGGUCCGUAUAACUAUAAAAGAGAUAAUAAUAGAAAUGAUGCAAACGGGAAUAGAUCUCGGAAUUCAAAAUCAACAAUAAAAAGGUCUUGAUCAUUAUCUCAUACAUGGGUUGCAUUAAUAUAAUUUUAAACACGAUACACUAUUUUUAUCUACAUCCUAUUUA